AACUACCCUCCUACUGCCGGCGGAGCCACAAACACCCUGCGUGAAAUUGGUCAACCCGGCACGCUAUUCGAGUGGCAACCCAACGCUGCGCACUCAUCCAAGGCUCUCGACAGAUGGGGUAAAGCGGUGAAACAGUACGAAAAUUGCUGAACAGAUACGUACAGUCAAAGGGGCCAAAUUAUCCGGACACUGCAGUCGUUUUGGUACGCCUGGUCGUCAUACGCGCAACAGGGCCGAAUAUAUGACGCCCAGCACCUCUCAAAGAGUCAUGGAAGGCUGCGCAAGGCGUCAAGCUGGUCACCCUACCUCCACGCUCCCUAACUCGGCCAACACUAUCACCAGCGUUUCCCGCAGCCCUCCCUCACCCUCAUCGCAACAGAACCAUUCGUCCCCCCCUUCUAACUAUCAACUGACCACCAGGGACACCACAGCCGGCACCACCACCACAACCAAGCUUUCCCUCAUGUUGUACGAUCACGGCCGAGAUUCAUCUGCCUUAGCUCUGAUGGAGAGCUGUGCCGAAGCUCGUCAGAGAGUCCUCAGCCCCGAGCACCCGGAUACGCUGUCUUCUUUGGCCAUCCUCUCUGAGUGGAGAGAGAAACGCCAGGUUAUCGAGUCACUCAAAGUGGACAGUCUCAACCUUGUGAAGGAUUCGAUGGCAGCCAAGGUGGCCGAAGAAUGGGAGGAUUCCAGGAAAGGCAUGGAAGAGGCGAUGGACUGAAGACUGAUACAUCGUGACGGAAUUUACCA